UUUGGAACAAUUCUUCGACUUCGAAAGGCAAUUAUUACUAACCAAGAUACAAGUAUAGAUAAUGUUCAUUCAUUCGUAAAUCAAGAUUUGACAGAUUUUUACGCUUCUUCUGUCAUCGGUCCUCUUCUUGGUGACGAAUAUAUUGGCAAAUCUAUAUUACUGAAAGUCCCUCAACCAUUUUUGAAGGAAUUGUCAAAAGCUAUCCUUCCUAUGCGUCCCGAAAAUCGAAUUCAUAAAGAUAUUGAUUUCAAUCAACCCUACGGUAUAUUAACAUAUGAUCAUACAAGAUUCGCAUCAGAUACAAAUCAUACACUAUCUAUUGAACUUAAG